CACACUAACAGCUAAACACAGCUGUGUGCAGUGCGAUAGAGAUAAGGCCUUUUCUGGAUGAGCAAGGAGGAAGCGCCAGAGGGAGGAGGCCCCGCACCCCUCUCCUAGCUUUCUGGAGUGUGUGUGUGUGUGUCUUUCUUUUUCACACACUCCCAGAGGCAGGCCGCAGUGCCUUUUCCCCGGGGAAGCUGGGCUUCUCAGCUCCAGAUGUGGAUCUGUCGGUUGCCAGCGAGCCUAAACCGCAGCAUUUCAGCUUCCCAAUGGAACCGGCUCUUAGGGUCUUCGGAAUAGGGAGGAGAAAACCCGGCUGGUGACAUUUGCGAGACCCGAGUUGGGUUCUAAACACGCGGAUGGAUCACAAAUGGGCCGCCGGCCGAUUUUGACCCAGAGAAAUCAGCCGCGGCUUUUUCCAUUCCGUGAAGGGAUGACGGGCGGUCGUGCCAGAGCGAUCAAAAGACCGAAGGGCACCACAGAAAGCCCACAGGAGCAAAACAAAACCAAACACACUUGGCAGCCGUACAGAAAGAGGAGACCAACGGGCGAGGUGCGCAGGAAGAGCCGGCGAUGGACCCCGGCCGGAAGCCUGGCUUGAAAAGCCCGCAGAAGCUUUCUCUCCUGUCUUCUCCCGUCCGGGCCGUCAUCCGCCUGCGGAGGACGGCCAGCGUCCUCAAAAAAACCUUCCUGCCGGGCGAUCCGCAGGCGAAACUCUUCCAGCGCCAGUUCUCCUUGGGCAAAGCGAAAGCGGCGGCCGCCGCCUCCCGUUUGGCCCAAAGCGGCUUCGAGAGCUCCCAAUAUUUCACCUUCGACCCCUACGUGCAGCCCCCGGUCCCGAGGAGCUCGAAGAAGAAGAAGAGGUCGAAGAACUUCCGCGUGUUGUACCCGGUCAAUUCCCGUAAGUACUUGCCCGCCGAGGACAAGAGCAAAGCUAAGCGGUGUCUCCUCCUGCUCGUCGCCAUCGUUUGCUUCCAAAUCCUCAACGCCAUCGAGAACUUGGACGACAAUCUCUUGCGAUACGACCUGGACGGGCUGGAAAAGACCAUGAACCGGGAGGUCUUUGGGCAGACGCUGGCCGUGGAGAGCCUGAUGGGCCUCUUGAAGGACUACCUGGCCACCCACAUCCACAAUAAACCUUUGGUGGUCUCCUUCAACGGUCCCAGCGGGGUCGGGAAAAGCCACGUGGGCCGGCUGCUGGCCAAGCACUUCCGCUCCGUCAUGGGCCCUGAGUCGGUCCUCCAUUAUUUCUCCCUCCAUCACUGUCCGGGGGAUGCCUCCCCGGCCUCCUGCCAGUCAGAGUUAUCGGCCACCAUCGGCGAGAUGGUCACCCGAGCCGAAACGGAAGAGAAGAUCCCGCUCUUCAUCCUGGACGAGAUGGAAUUCAUGCCCACGCCGUUGCUGGAGACGCUGGGCGGCUUUUUCUGGACCAACCAAACCAACGAAUUCCUCAACGCGGUCUACGUCCUCAUCAGCAACUUUGGGGGCAAGGAGGUCACCGACCUUCUCCUCCAGAACGUCUCCGUUGACCGCUUGCAACCCCAGAGGAAACUGGAAGAGUUGCAGGGGGUUCUCCGUCCGGUCCUCCACCAAGUCCACCCGCUUUGGACCCUGGCAGAGAUUGUACCGUUCCAGCUUCUGGAGAAGAGCCACGUCGUAAGCUGCUUCUACGAGGAGAUGAUGAGCGAAGGGAUCUAUCCUGACCCCAGCCACAUCGACCGCUUGGCUGGGCAGCUUAGCUAUUACGCCAAAGGGGACCAGCAGUUUGCCGUAACUGGUUGUAAGCAGGUGGUGGCCACGGUUAAUCUCCUAUAACCAUCAUCUUCGUGUGCUAUCAAGUCAAUUCUGACUUAUAGACAAGACUCAAGAGGUGUAUUUCCCUCUCCUUCCUCUAGGGGGCA